AGCGAGCAAGAGUUUAGGGUUUGUGUUGGCCGCCCUAGGCUAGGUAGGGGAGUGGAACAAGCGCCGGCUCGCGGGUAAGCUCAAUCGUGGAGGGAGAGGAGGGAGGAGGGGCGAUGCCGUCGAUAUCGCCGGGGCAGACGUCGUCGCACGCGUGCGUCCAGUUCCUGAAUUCGGUACUGUCGCGCCCCAACGCGCUGCCGUACGAGGAGGAAGUGAAAUGGUCCAUCCGGCAGCACCUGGUGAACGUGAUCCAGCACUUCCCGGGGCUCCAGGCCCGCACAGCCGGCUUCACGCACAACGAUGGCCGCCAAGCCAAUCUCCUCCAGGCGGAUGGCACCAUUCCCAUGUACUACCAGGACGUCAAGUACAACAUCCCCGUUACGAUCUGGCUCACGGAGCCGUAUCCCCGCAAGCCGCCGCUCGUCUACGUGAGUCCCACACGGGACAUGAUCAUCAAACCUCGCCAUCGCCUGGUGGACGCCUCGGGGAUGGUCUCGGUGCCUUACUUGCAGCAGUGGGUGUUCCCGCGUUCCAAUCUGGUGGAGCUUGUCCAAAAUCUCAGCUUGCACUUUGGUCACGACCCUCCGCUCUACUCGAGGCCGUCCACACCCGUCCCGUCUCCACAGCAGCAGCAGCAGCAGCAGCAACUCCAGCAACAAACGCAACCCCAGCAGCAACCACAGCAGUCGUUCCAUGGAAUGAAUCCAAUCUACAGCAGCAACUCUCCACCACCUACGUCGGCGGCGCCCAUCCCGUAUCCUCCUCCCUACUAUCAGCAGCAGCAGCAGCAGCAGCAGCCAUCGACUCGUACAGAGGACCCGGCGUCCGUGUUUAAGAGGAACGCUGUCAACACUUUGGUGGCACGGGUGCAACAGGAUGUGGUAAGCUUGCGGAGCUCGUUCGAGGUAGAGAUGGACGAGCUUUUUAGCGUGCAAGCGUCUCUGAACAAGAGAGCCGAGCAGCUAGGCAAGCACUUACAGGAGCUCCAGCACGAGAAGGAGGGCCUAGAGCAGCAACUGCAGCUGCUGCUUACCAACACGGACGUGCUGGAGACGUGGCUGCAGUCCAACGACGGCCCCAACGCGUCGGGCGACAUGAACAUAGACGAGGCGUUCGAGCCUUGCGACGUGCUGUCGAGGCAGAUGUUGGAGGCGAGCGCCGAGGACCUGGCGAUCGAGGACGUGCUCUAUUCUUUGGACAAGGCAGUGCAGGAGGGGGUGAUCACGGCGGAGGUGUACCUCAGGCACGUCCGGAUGCUGGCGCGCGAUCAGUUCUUCUACCGAGCUACUUCAGCCAAAGUGAGGACGGCACAGAUGCAAGCACAGGUUGCUGGCAUGGCAGCCCGGGCUGCUCCUCCGCCCUACGUCUCCUCGUGAGGCCGUGCCGCAGGGGACAUGGAGUAUAGGAAUAACAGGGAGGUGGUGGUGUAUUUAUGUUUAUUUGCUGGGAUCCAUCCAGACGAGACGCAGAGUGGCGGAGGCAGUUCGUUUGUGCAUAAUUACCUAUGAUAAUCUGAUUCAAUAUUGCGAUUCA